UGGUGUAAGAGUCCUUGAGAUUGAAUCCUGUAAAGGACUCGAUUAAAGAAAAAUGGCAGAAGCUGUUUUGUUUAAUAUUGCUGAUGAAAUCCUAGGAAAAAUUGGGAAAUUGGCUCUCCGAGAGAUGGACAUGAUAUGGAGUGUAAAGAAAGAGAUUGAAAAGCUGAACAACACUGUUUCUGCCAUCAAAGCUGUAGUUUUAGACGCUGAGGAGCAGCAGGCAAAGAGCCAUGAAGUUAGAGACUGGCUUGGAAAGCUAAAACUUGCAAUUUACGAUGUGGAUGAUUUGUUGGAUGAUUUCUCAACUGAAGUUCGGAGAAGGAGACUGAUUCUGCAACAAGAAAAGAAGACGAAAGAGAUAAGGAAUUUCUUUUCCAAGCUUAAACAUGUUGCUUAUAGUGUUAAAAUGGGGCAUAAAAUUAAGGAAAUCAGGGAAAAAUUAGAUCAUAUAGCUGCUGAUAAAAUUAAGUAUCAUUUCAUAGAUCGUCCAAAUGAGAACGUGAUGCAGGCUGAGAAAAUGGAGAGAGAGCAAACUCACUCUUUUGUGCGAGUAGAAGAAGUAAUUGGUAGAGAUGAGGAUAGAAAUUUGAUUGUGGGAUUGUUGUUGGAUUCCAAUGUUACAGAGAAUGUUUCGGUUGUUCCAAUAGUCGGAAUUGGGGGGCUUGGGAAGACAACGCUUGCUCAAAUUGUGUACAACGAUGAGAGAAUUAGAAAGCAUUUCGAGAUAAGAAUGUGGGUGUGCGUUUCUAAUGUUUUCAAUGUCAAAAUCAUUGUGCAGAAGAUUUUGCAGUCUGCAACUCAUGCUAAGUAUGAUGAUCUUGAGAUGGAACGCCUGCAGGCUCACCUUAGGAAGGAAAUUGAUGGGAGAAAAUAUUUACUUGUUUUAGAUGAUGUAUGGAAUGAAGAUCGCGAGAGAUGGCUAAAAUUGAAAGAUCUUUUGAUGAGUGGUUUGCCAGGAAGUAAGAUAAUUGUGACGACGCGCACUCAAUUGGUUGCAGAUAUCACGGGAACCAUCGCAAAAAGUUAUGAUCUUCAAGGUUUGCCUAGUGAUGAAUCUUGGUGUUUGUUUAAGAAAAUGGCAUUUAAACAGGGGCAAGAACCAGAUAAUUCAAAGCUGGUCGCAAUUGGGAAGGAGAUUGUAACAAAAUGUGCUGGGGUUCCCCUUGCCAUAAGGUCUAUAGGGAGCCUUUUGUAUUCUAAAGAUUCAGAAUCUGAGUGGCUCUACUUCAAGAACAAGGAACUUUCAAAGACAAGUCAAGAUAAAAAUGAUAUGAUGUCAAUAUUGCAGCUAAGCUUUGAUCAACUUCCUUCAUAUUUGAAACAGUGCUUUGCUUACUGUUCAUUGUUCCCGAAAGACCACGAAAUCAGUAAGCAGAUGCUGGUGAAUCUCUGGAUGGCACAAGGGUUUAUUCAGUCAUCAAACGAAAACCAAAAUCUUGAGGAAACCGGUGAUCAGUACUUCAUGGAGUUACUAAGGCGGUCCUUCUUUCAGGAUGCAGACUAUGAUCAAUGGGGCAAUGUCAUAAGUUUUAAAAUGCACGACCUUAUGCACGACCUUGCACAGUCAGUUGCAGGAAGUGAGAGUUCCAUGGUGCAUUUGGAUGCAAAAAACAUAUCCAAAAGGAUCCGCCAUGUAUCAUUUGAUGCUGCAGUAGAUUCAUCUUGGAAAAUUCCGAAUUCAUUGGUAGAAGCAAACAGAAUACGAACAUUUCUUCUGCCUUUGCAGCCGGUUUCUCACAGAAUACUGAAGAAAGUCAGUCAUGAUGAAAUUAUCUCUUGUUUCAAGUACUUGCAUGCGCUGGAUCUGCAUAAUACUGGAGUUGACCAUGUGCCAAUUGGCAUUGGUAAGUUAAAGCAUUUGAGGUAUCUUGAUCUCUCCAAGAAUAAAGAUAUCAUAAGACUCCCCAGUUCCAUCACCAGGCUGCAGAAUUUGCAGACUUUGAAACUCAGCAUCUGCAAAAUGCUAGAGAAACUGCCUAGAUAUAUGAGAAAAAUGACCAGUCUUCGGCAUCUUGAGCUGGAUCAAUGUAUUGGUUUGUCACAUAUGCCAUCUGGACUGGGGCAACUUACUGCCCUGCUGACAUUAACAAGAUUUGUAGUUGGGAAGGCUAGUUCCUCAUCUUCGAGUAGUGGAAGCCUGAGGGAAUUAAAGUACCUAUACAAUCUUAGAGGAGAGCUGACAAUAGCCAAACUGGAAAACUUGAAAAAUGUGGCAUCAGAAUCCAGAGAAGCAAACUUGAAGAGCAAGCAACACUUGCAGGUCUUGAGAUUGGAAUGGACACGAGAAGCUAACAAUCAUAAAAUCAUCAAAGAAGAUGAAAAGUUAUUGGAAAUCCUUCAACCUCAUUCAGAACUGAAAGAAUUUCACAUUUAUGGUUAUAGGGGUGGACGGUUUCCGAAUUGGAUCAUUUCUGACUUGUCAUUGUUGCUCCCAAAUCUUCUUGAGAUCAUCAUAUGGAGAUGUUACAGGUGCGUGGAGCUCCCGUUGUUUAGCCAACUUCCAAUGCUUAAGGUUCUCAAACUUGAAGAGGUAACUGCUGUGGAGUAUAUAGAAACCAGCAAUUACAUAUCUUAUUCAUCCUCUUCAUCUAGGUGUAAUCCUCACAUGUCUGAAACAGAAAGAUCAGCAACAUUCUUCCCCUCACUAAAAGAACUUAGACUCUUCGACUUGCGAAAUUCAAAGGGAUGGUGGAGAGAAGCAGUAGAUGAGGCUAGUCUGCCAACAUUUCCUUGUCUUUUGAAAUUAGUGAUCGGUCACUGCCCUGAAUUGGGAUUUCUGCCAUUGCAUCCAAUCCUCGAAGAACUUGAGCUCAAGGACACCAGUGAAACAUUAAUAAAGAAGCUUAUGGUGACUGCAGCAGAAACAAAAGAAAUCUCAACAACUGCAACAACCAUUUCAUUCUCGUCUUCUUCAUCCCUGCUUUCUAAACUGAAAUUUUUGUCCAUUGAUAGUGUCACGGAUUUAGUGUCUUUGCCUCUGGAGGGACUGCAAAGCCUUACUUCUCUUGAGCACCUGUCUGUAUCAAAUUGUUCUAAACUAUUAUGUUUACCUGGAGAAGCAUUGAGGGGAUUAACUUCUCUCCGGUUUCUUUCAAUUAGUGGCUGUGCAAAACUAAUGUCACUGUCUAAAGGGUUGAAACAUCUCACCACCCUUGAAGAGCUUGAAAUCAAUGAAUGCAGGGAGCUUGAUUUGUCGAAUGGAGAUGAGGAUGGCAUGCAAUUGCAAGGCCUGAAGUGUCUUCGGACAUUGAAAAUCAUUGAUAUGCCAAAACUAGUAUCUAUUUCAGAUGGUCUUCAAGAUGCUACCUCUCUGCAAAACUUAUGGAUUAGAAUUUGUCCUGGUUUAAAGACUUUACCAGAAUGGAUGGGCAACCUUACGCUUCUUCGGAGGCUUGAAAUUUCAGAUUGUCUAGGAUUGACAUCUUUGCCUCAAUCAAUGUGCUACCUCAAAGCUUUACAGAGCCUGAAAAUCUCAAAAUGUCCCCAGUUAUUCCCCGUCAAUCAAAAGGAAACAAGCGCGAAUUGGCCUCAAAUUGCUCACAUCCCUGACAUUCAGAUUGAUAGAGAAACUUCUAAGUGUCACAAAGAUCAACAACCACCAAGGAAAUGUAGCUAGAAAUAUAGAUGCUUCUCUCCGGUAAACAGCAAUCCAAUCCAACGUUAUAUCUCCCCGCAUAAUUUGUAAUUUGCUUUUGACUAAGUACCUGUCUGAUGUCGAAAAAGCACAACAGCAUUCAUCUAGCAAUCAGUUGGCUUGCAUUUGUGAACUAUUUUCUUUGCCAUUCUUGUAUAUGUAUUCCCUGUAAUAUAUUAAGGAUUAUGGCUC